AUGAUUCUAUUGAUGAUGCUAAUGGGUUUUGGACUCUUCAAGGGAUCAUAUUUGUAUAUGAAAUUAGAUGCAAAUAUAUCAAAGAUUUCUCUUAUUAGAACAAUGAAUGAUGGCUAGAUAUAUAAGCCUUAAGAACUUGGCUUUGACUUUGCUUUUGGAGUGAGUUCUGAGCUUGAUCCAUCGAUUGGGCAUUUCACAGUUAAAUAGAUAGGUCACUAUGAGACAGAUUAAUUCGAUAUAAAUGGCAAGAAAGUAAUGACUAAGAUUGAAAGGAAUCUAAGAUUAGAUAAAUGUCAUGAUAAACAUUUCAAUUUCACUGAUUAAAAAGAGGUGAUGUUGAAAGGCAUAUCUAACUACCUGUGUGCUAUCGACGAUGACUAUCAACUUCAAGGGUAUUUCUACUAAUAAAAUUUUGAAUUUGUAGAAAUUAAAUUAUGGAAAUGUCGAAAUUCAACAGAAUCUACUGUUAUUUGCAGAGACAAAUAGAAAAUUGAUGAGUAUUUUGAGAAAGAGACUUUCAAUUUUGCAUACAUUAAUACUUAUUUUGACUUCAUGGACUAUGAUAAGGAUAGUUUUAUCAAGAAAUAUAUUGAUGAUUCAUUUUUAUUUGAGUUGGAAGCAGAGAAGAUUAAGAAAUUAAACUUUUAUAUUUAAUUACAAGAAGCCGAGACUUAGGAUAGUUAUGUUUAAUUUGGAUAAAUUGAAUCAUACAAAUUUCAUUAAAUCUCAAAUGAGAGAACUUAUGAUGAUGGCUAUUCUGAUUCAGAGGGUUAUAUUGCUGUUGUAUAUAUAAGAUUUGAUAUGAAAUAUGACUUAUACAGCAGAAAAAUAUACUCCUUAUUAGAAUAUUUGGGAGAUAUGGGCGGACUGUAUAGAUCACUGCUUUCAGUUGGCCUAAUUAUCGUUGGGUAGAUAAUUAGACGUAUGUUUUUCAGCGACAUUAUGCAUAAAAUAUAUUAAAUUAGAACAAAAUCAAUAAGAGAUGAUGAAGAUUCUAAAAUAGACAAAAAAGAGUCAAAAAAUAAAAAAUCUUAGGAAAAAUAUGAUUUAACUCAGGAGGAAAUUAAUGUAAAAAAUAUAGAAAACAGAAAAUCUUAAUUUAAACAAACAUUAAAGUGA